GUUCACCAAUCCCACCGCCUCAGCCAUCAUCAGCUGGGCUGCAGAGAGAGCAGAAAAGAGUGAGGGAUGAGCCCUGCAGCACGAGCCACACAAUCACACCUGUGCAUCCUCCCACCUGUGGUCAGAUGCUGCUUCCUGCUGCCCCACUUCACGUCAGGGUGAACGAUAAACACCCUGUGCUGACCCUCUCCGAUCCCUGCAGGAGGCUGCUGCUGGAACAGCUCCUCCACAUCACUGUCAUCGAGGAAGUCUUCAUCCUCCUCCUCCUCCUCCUCCUCUUCCUCAGUGUGCUGACCGCUGCUGAAGUCCUCCGUGCUCUUCAGCCUCCACGCGGAGAGAGAGAGCGACCUAUGCCGCAGAGAGGACACACCUCUGAGCCGGGGUAUCUGCUGGGUGCUGACUGCAGCUGCAGGUGGAGGUAUGUGGAGCAGUCUGCAGGUUGGUGCUGUGUGACAUUUCCACGUGCAGGGUCGUUUCAGGAGUGCUGACCACGUGUGAAUCCUCCUCAGUGACGUCAUGUUUCACUCGGAAACUCUCCUGCAGGUUUCAUCGGGACUUGCAAGAACAGAGGAGACAAAGCUCCUGCCAAACUGUGCACCUUUCAAGGUCAGGCAUCUUUCUAUCUUCGAUGUAAUGGGAGCAGUGUGAAGGCUGGUUUCAUUCAGGAAAGACGGAGAGGAAUCAGGCAUGGCUCAACAUGCUGCAACAUGACCCACUAUGACUCCAUACAGAGCGGAGCGAGUUUUAAGAGGAAAUCAUAUCUGGAUUAUUUGGGGGUCUUGUGUGUUCACUUGGGGCCUCAGCGAGGGGCCAUGCCGGGGCUGGGAGGACUGUGGCCCACAGGACUGCUGCUCUGCUUCCUCAGUGUCUGUGUCUGUCUAGAAGAAGAGUGUGUGAUCGGUUUAGUCGGCCGGCCGGUCUCUCUGCCCUGCUUCUACCCUCAGUUAUUGACCUCUGUGAACGUCUCUGUGGAGUGGAGACGGGACGAUGAGGAGGUGCUCAGAGCGACGUGGAGGGAGGAUGGAGAUGUGGAGGAAUGGAGCGUUAACAGAGCCAGCAUCUCAGCUGAAGCUCUACUGACUGGAAACGUUUCUCUGGAGCUUCCUUCAGUGUAUCCUGAUCACAACACAACAAACUUCAGUCUGUUCAUCAUUUCACAGGAGAAUCAGAGCGCCGCGCUGUGCAGUGUGUGCCUCAGGAUAGCAGCAAGUUUCAGCUUCCCGCAGCUGCAGAGGGAGGAGGCAGUGGAAGGGAACCAGACAAGCUUCUCCUGUAGCUCCACCGGUGGAUUUCCUGAACCUGUAGUCCACUGGCUCAUAGACAACAAUAGCAAGCCUCCUGAGAGUGCAGUGAAAACCAUCAUAACCUCAAUCCCAAACACCCUACUUUACAACAUCACGAGCAACCUGACGGUCAACAUUUCCAAAGACUCCAGCGUGUCCUGCAUCAUUGAGAACCCAACCAUGAACAAAACCCAGACUUCCACAAGCCUUGGAGCCGGGGGCAGCCAGGUGGUGAGCAGAGCGUCGGAGGCCAUGUGGAUCUUCAGCACGGUUCUCUCUGUGGUGGUCGGGGUCAUGGUGGUGGUUGGAGUCGGCUACCAGAUCCACCUGGACAGGAUAAGUAAGAGGAAGAAGAAGGAGUUCCAAUACCAACAACAGCACACUAACAGAGGUUACAAAAGGAGAUUUCCAGACAAGGAGGAGACAGAGGUGAUGAAAACAGAAACGGACGUGUAAAGAAUCAGCAGCCGAUAAAUCCUCAUUGAUGAGAGGCGACAGAGCACUGAACUGUAAAUAUGUACAUGUUGGGACGUUUGCACUAAUCAAUACAAGUGAUGGGUUUUUAAACGGACAAUGUAAAUACAAACACAAACACUAUCCCUUCACUUGAUGCAACUUUCUCUUUUGUUUACUGAACAUGUUUUUUAAACCUUAAUAAAGAUGCCGAAAGCAUCAAACUUUAUU